AUGAUCCUUGAAGGACUUGUCUCUAUCCAUAGUCACGGUUACGUUCACUGCGAUCUAAAACCUGAAAACAUUCUCGUGUUUCCUCGUACUUGUGGGUGCAACGUUUCAUACGAAUUGAAGAUUUCGGAUUUUGGAAUGUCGACAAAAGUUGGAGAAGACUCCGAGUUUUGGGAAUAUGAUUCUCCGUAUUUGGGAACGUCUCUUUACAUGUCGCCAGAAUCUGUUCAAAACGGGAUCGCGGAGGAAGCCCUAGAUUUGUGGUCAUUAGGUUGUAUCGUGUUGGAGAUGUAUACCGGAGAACCGCCAUGGCUGUUGGAAGAUUCUAAGAAGCUUUUAUCUCUUUUGUUGAAUGGGAAUGCACCAGAGAUACCAGAGUCUCUUCCUUGGGACGCAAGGCAGUUUUUACAAACAUGUUUCGCAAGUGAUCCUUUGGAAAGAGGAAGCGCUUCGGAGCUUUUGAAGCAUAAGUUUCUACAUAAUGUUUCCGAUCAGAAGAAGGUGAGGGUUACCGGCGCCGGAGAUAAAAGAGAGUCGGUGGUGGUGUUGAAGUCGAAGAAGGUCCUAAAAGUGAAGAUUAUCCCGCCAAAGCCACCACAGUUUAAGAAUAGACCUUUGAGGUUGAAGAUAAUACCUCCCAAACCCCCAGGAUUCAAUCUUGUUCCGGUACAGUAG